GAGCAACGAUGGAUAACAGUUAUGUAUCGUUGAUAUCAACUAAUCCACAGCAUGUCAAAGUCAGUUCCACGUUGGAAAAAUCCACGGGGAAGAAACACUUGACGGACAGUAACCCAGAAACGUGCUGGACAUCGCGAGAGGGACCUGGGCAGUACAUCCAUCUAACGUUCGAAAAGCCAGCGAUACCUAAGCGAAUCACCAUCAUUUUCCAAGGCGGAUUUGUCGGAACCAAAUGUAGAAUCGAGGUCUCCGAGUCGUCAGAUAGGCCCGAAUGGCAGACAUGGACACAUAUCCACCCCGAGGAUGCGAACAGACGUCAAACUUUUGACUUGAUAAUCCAUAGAGACGGAUUUCCAGGGGAGGGAAUUCAGAGCAUGAAACUCGUCUUCGAGGAGAGUUCUGAUUUCUACGGUAGAAUCACAAUCUAUGAGUUGAAGAUUGAAGGGCUCCUGCUCUAAAAUGACGAAGAGUGGUUUGACCAUAUUUAAAUUUUCACUAGAGCCAAGCCUGCCAUGUGCUUGAGCAAUUAGAUCUGUGUGCACUGUGCGCCAAUAAAUUUGUGGUGAACAAGA